AGUCGUGUUACACAGGGGAGCGCAUGGAGCCGGAGGCCGGCCCGGCGGCCGGGGGUAGCGGUCCCGCGGGGGGCGCCUCCGCGGGCGGGCAGGAUGCGAGAGAAGGGGGCUGGGCGGGGGGCGCUGGCGGCAACUGGAUGGUGGCUCACCCCACGUUCACAGAGAUGAUGUCCCUUGAUAUAUCUGACAGUGCUCAAAUCUAUGCUGCAUUCCUAGUUUACCUGGACCUCUUAGAAGGGAGAAACUGGCAUGAAGUUAAGUACGUUGGAUUAGCAGAACUGCAACUCGUAUGUUUACAUGCACGUGAAAGAGAAGAGGACAGUCAACAAGUUGUGGUGCCAGUACCUGUGCACAUAUCAUUAAGUCAUGAGAGGAUAAGAGAAAUCAUGCAGAAAGCAUCUCUCCCACAAGACAAACCCGAAACCCCACAGUCAGUUACUCUGGCCAUAGUUGAGUCAGAUUCCACAGUAGUCUACUAUAAAGUAACUGAUGGCUUUGUAAUGCCAGAUCCUCCUGAUGAUCCUGAAGAUAUGGACAAUAAACAGUGGAGAAAGAAAAGAAAGAAGCUUUUGAAAUGAUUAAGACAAAUAGACUUUUCUUGAACUGCUAUCCUCAGAAUUAAACAAAUCCAGGAACUUAUGCAUGUAAAUAAGUAAUGUGAUAAAGUCUCACUUCUGCAUAUCAAGCAACUGUUCACAGAGAAGAAUGGAGGCUUGUGCAGAUGUAUAGAAAUAAAAUGCUAUUUAAAAUAUUACAUGGGUCACACUUCUGAGACAGAUUGCUCCUGACUAAUCUGACUAAUAAAUGUACUUCUGAGAAGUUUUCAAA